AUGUCGCAGCCACCCUCUAAACGACGGCGCAUUUCGGCUGAGCCCACCUCUGAUCAUGGCGCCGAUCAGCAAGCGAAAUCCGCGCCUGCGACACCCCGACAUCCGUCGUAUGCGUCGCCAACGAAAGCGUCCAUGAAUAGAUUACAUCCGCAUCUUGCUGGACCAAGACAGUCCCUUCGUUCGCUGGUCAUGGAUGGUCCAGCAGGUCCACGUCCUCAAGAUCAACACCCUGCAGUCAUAACAGAUACUACUGUGCAAGAAAUUGUCUCCGAGCAUAACACAGAGGCCGACACAAGACCACGGUCAGCUGUGCCGCAAUCACAAACAAUGAACGAUGCAGCCGCUACGGCGCCGGCGUCACGCAUAAGUGCAACAAGCAGAAUCCCGCGCCAGAGAAGCCCAUCUCCAUUCAACAUAAUCCCAAGACAAGUCUCAUCAUCAAGAAGCCGACGACGGGAGCUGUCACUGUCUCCCGACGAUGCCCUACCCCCAACGCCCGUAGAUCUGGGUAUCUCGAGGCGACCAGCACCUCCACAAGGCGCAACAAGCAGCAGCCCACGCACGUCGAGGAGUGGAAGUGGUCGGAACAGGCUUCGUCGACGCGGCGAGCAGUCUUCCGUUACGAGCAGUCCGUUGAAGCAACGAUCUCAUAACAUCCAGAGUCUUCGGCCGAUACUGCUCAAGUCGGGAUAUGAUGGGGUGAAUGAGAGCGCAAGCGACACGAGACCUGAAAGUGGGCAAGCAGAAGAACCACAACCGACGGACGACGUAGUUGCAGAGGAGGAGUCAGACGAGAAAGCAGAAGUAGUGCCGGAGCAGAUCCGUGAGAAAGAGGCCAUCCUCGCCGCGCUCAAAGAACAAAGCAAGCAGACCCUCGCCAGAUCUCGCCAACUUGAAGAGGCUCUACGCGUGAACAACGUACGUCCAACACUACUUGCAGACGCAAACUUCAUCGAUCUACUCAAAGGUGUCGGCAAAGCCACCACAGUCCACGACAGCACACUCAACCUCGAUGCCAGCACUAUCUCUGCUGAAAAGCAGCUCCUCCACCUGAACCUAUUCGCACCCGCAAACCUCGUUCUCAAAUCGACCACAAGAACCGACCUGGUAGACGGCAAAGUCAAGCUCAUCCACGACGUCAAAUUUAGCGCCCCACCACCUUGGCCAGCCGACACCUUCAACGCAGAAUUCUUGCUCAUUGUCGAUGCAGAAAGCAAGCGUGUCGAUCGCAUCAAAUAUAUCAAAGCUACGCACUCCGAGGGCAUCAGUUCAGAACUGUACUCCUGGAUCAAGAGGCGUCUUGCGGAUGAUUUAGUCAACACCGAUCUUGGUGGUCUUGUAUGGGGUCUAGGGAAAUACUUCACAGCCGCGGUCGAGCGCGCGAGGCUGUUCCGGCGUUUGGAGGCAAAGUACGGCGCUGAUGCGGACAUGACACCUCAUCACGAUGAGACCAACGAGCCAGAGACUGAUGACGGUCUCGAUUCGACUGCGAGCACGCCUCAACCCGUUCGAACCUCCAAGCCAGCCCAGCAAUUCGUCACCGCCCAGGAAGCAAUCUUGCUAUCAGAAUAUCUUACAGAGACACACCUCGAACUACCACUCAGACCAACCCACCAGCCAAAAGAAGCAAGCUCCGCCAUCGAGCCCAAGCUCUUGCUAGUGAACACCAUCAAUCUCCAGCCAAACAGUACCGCUACGAGCCAGCACAGCAUCGCACUUUCUGGUGUGAGCAGCGGUGCGGAGAGCACGGCCAGGGAGCUUUUUGCUAGACUCGUGAAGUCGAGAGGGGCGGAGCAGGCACUUGAGGGGGUUUGGGGCUUGUUGAGGCAUGGGCUGGGCGUUCACGAGGCUGCGAAGGGUAAUGAGCACACUGUUGUUUCCACUGGCAAAAAGCGGGCUGGAAGAAAGAGGAAGAAGAUUGCUUGA